AUGGCUGAGAACAAUAGAGUGGGUCAACUGGAUGACCCCGUACCACCAAUAGUUCCACCUCCUCAAAAUCAAGCAGCUCAACCACGUCUUCGAGACAUCCAAAGACCAGUAAUAGUUAUUAACCCUUCUGACAUUCAAUUAUCUGAUGCAACUAGGAAUUAUGAACUCAAGAGUUUCCAUCUGAAUAUGCUCCCGACCUUUAACGGUUUGGGAAGUGAAGAUGCUUUGGGUUUCAUGCAAGAGCUCUACAGUACGUCUCUUGUAGAUAUUGCUACAGGUGGAUACACAGGUGAUAAAAAUAGUGAUGAAUUAGAAGCUAUCUAUGAGAGCUUAGCUACUAAUUCUCGACAAAAGGCAGUGAGAGGUCGAAGAGCUGCUGUGCACGAAAUUAGCACACAAUCUGAGUUGACAACACAAGUGUCUGAAUUGACUAAACAGAUGAACUUGUUGAUGACUCGUGAUAGUUCGAAUAGAGGAUUUUGUGCUUUUUGCAAUACAUAUGGUCAUAAUUCUUCUGUUUGUAUGAAUGCAGAUUCAUCACAACCAUCUUAUGAGGAAGCUAAUUACAACCAUCUUAUGAGGAAGCUAAUUACAUGGGAUCCAACAUGGGUAGGCAACCACCAAGAAAUGAUCCAUUUUCUAACACAUAUAAUCCAGGUUGGCGAAAUCACCCUAACUUCUCAUGGAGAGAUCAAGGUAAUGCAAGACCAAUGGGACCACCCGGAUUCCAGCAACAAGUACCAUCAGGAUUUCAGCAUCAGCAAUACAGACCUUUCCAGCAGCCACCUACACCACAACAAAAAAGAUCAAGGUAAGUUUCCUAGUACCGCUGAAAUAAACCCUAGGGAAGGAGCUAUGGCUGUCACAUUGAGAAGUGGUAAGAUAUUGAAUGAGAUUAUGAAAGAAAAUGAACCCACGAGGGUUGAGAAAGAGAGUGAUAAAGAAGAGGAUCAAGUGCCUAAAGAGAAUUCUACUGAUCAAAACCUCAAUUCCUCUAUAAUUAAUAUUCCUUUUGCAGAAGCACUUGCUAAUAUGCCAUCUUAUGCCAAAUACAUUAAGGAAAUUGUGUCUAAUAAAAAGAAAUUGGAAGAUUUUGCUACUGUGCAUCUAAAUGAGGAGUGUAGUGCUAUUCUACAAAGCAAAUUACCUCCUAAGUUAAUGGAUCCAGGAAGUUUUUCUAUUCCUUGCACUAUUGGUAAUACUGUCAUUGAUAAAUGCUUAUGUGAUCUAGGUGCCAGUAUUAACCUUAUGCCUUUAACUCUUUUCAAUAAGUUGGAAAUAGCUGAAAUGAAGCCAACAACAAUCUCUCUUCAACUUGCUGAUAGAUCAGUCAAGUACCCGCUUGGAGUAGUGGAGGAUAUAUUGGUAAAAGUUGGUAAAUUUUAUUUUCCUGCUGAUUUUCUGAUUCUUGAUAUGGGUAGUGACACAGAUACAUCUCUUAUACUUGGUAGGCCAUUUUUGUUGACAGGAUGA